AUGGGUUUGCAUCCUCCGUUUGCAUUGCUGUGUGCCGUCUCCUCUCUUCCUGAGCAUCAGUAUCAUUUCGUCAACGAGCUGAAGACCUGGACUGAAGCUCAGAGUUUCUGCAGAGAAAAGUACACCGACCUGGUGACCAUAAGCAGCAUGGAGGACGUGACAAAGCUGAACAACACGGUCGAUCCGAACACAAUGCGAGCCUGGAUUGGUUUGUUUGAUGACGUGAACAGCUGGAGGUGGACCACCUCUGACACAAACAUCUACAAAGACGGAGAAGCUCAGUUCACAAUCUGGGCAACUGGUGAACCAAACAACUACGCAAGUAAACAAAACUGUGGAAUGAUGCUGGAAAAUGGAAUCUGGAACGACAGAGAAUGUGACAAAUCCUACAAAGCAGUCUGCUAUGAUGCUCAAGGGCAGGAUGCUUCAAUUAUCUUCAUCAACCAAAGAAUGAAAUGGGCUGAAGCUCUGAGCUACUGCAGAGAGCAUCACACAGACCUGGCCAGUGUGAGGAACACGACGGAGAAUGAGGAGAUAAAGGCGCUGAUACAAGCAGGAGGAGAGCCUGGAGCCUGGAUCGGUCUUUACAGAUUAUCCUGGACGUGGGUGGAUGGUAGCAUCUUCUCAUUUCAACACUGGAGAUCAGGAGAACCUAGCGGAGCAACUGAGAACUGUGUAGCAGCAGGGAUGGACGAUGGAGGAAAAUGGCAG